GCAAGGAUCUUUCCUGCAGUGGCCAUGUUUGUUGAUGUGUCACCAAAGAUGGUGGAUUAAUGAAGAUAGGACCUUCACGUGGUCAAUAGCUCCCUCAGGACUUUUACGAUUGUCAGUUCCGGGUUGGUCUACUUAGUUAAUUGACUUUCAUUCAACCAGAAAAAAAACUGGGAAAAAAAGUGAGAGGGGUGUCUCGUUUUCUUUUCUGUCUCUGGUGUUACUGUCACCUCAGCGACUUGUUGGGGGUAACCAGCUGAGCUGGAUCAGCUGUCAAGGAAAGUGUCGAUUUUUUUUAAACAUCGGAACCUUACAAAAUGGAUAUGUCAUAUAAGGUGUGAAGCUGAGGAAAACCAUGGAGCAGUCUGACCCAGCCUCUGCCUCAGACCUGGCCCAGGAAUCAGAGGUCAACUCCCUGCCAAAGGUGUCAUCAGUGGUCAACAAGAGCAACAGGAGUGACACAACGAUGGAGGAAAAUGAGGUCUGUGCAGAAAGGGAUAAUGACAUCAAACAGGAGAGUCUGGAGGGAGAUGGAAUACAACACGAGAAGAAGAAAACGUGCCAGCAAGAGGGUGGAGAGGAGUCUGUCAAUGUGGACAUUAGCUGUGAUAUUGGGACAGCCUCAAUCGAAGACGCAAGAACUCUUGUAGAUGAGAACACUGAACGUCCUCUCUCGGUCUUGGAUGAGGUAAUGGAAAGCACCAACUCGGUUUUGGAGGUGACGAUAGAAAGCUUGUCGUUGCUUCUGGACAAGGCAGUGGAAUCUCCACCCGCUAUUCUAGUUGGAGUGGGUGACGGCUCAACCUCUAUUCCGAACAGAUAUGCAGAAUCUCAACCAGCUGGUGUCGAUGGCCCCUUCAAAUGCUCAGUGGAACCCUCCCCCACAAAGGAAAACGUCACCAAUAGCCUAGCCACACCCUCCACACCCAGCUCUGCCUUUGCUGACCCUGGAAUUUCCAGUCCACGAACGAUGGCCCCCACGAACACCAACUCUUUGCCCAGCCCCUACGACACGGACUGCAGCCGUAAGCUCAUGACUCAGAUCCAGCGGUCGGUCUCCCAGGAGUCCCUAUUGGAUGAGCUGGAGCAGGAGCUGUUCUCCUGCCAGCUGCCUGAGAGAGGGGGAGGGGGGCGCAAGGGUGGACCCCAUGUAAAUGGCCUGCAGGCUGACCAGGACGGCUCCCCAAUGGUUUUCGAGAAGUGCAUCCAGUAUAAGUAUGUGCAGCAGGAAAAGGCAAUUAAAAGGCUACUGGAUGAAAACAACAAGCAUCAGGAGCUGGUCCUGGGUAUCUGCUCAGAGAAGGACACCAUGAGGGAAGAACUGAAGAGGAGGCUGGAGACUGAGAAAAAGCACAUGGGCACCGUGAAGAAGUUGGAGGGCCGGGUGGAGGAGCUGCUGAGGGAGCUGAAGGAGUCCAGGGACAAACUGGUUUACCAGGAUGGCGCCGCGAAGAACGCCCUGCAGCAGUUGCACAGAGAGACUGCCUACCGGCUGGAGCAGGCUGGGAAGAAGUGUGAGGAGUCGCGUCAGGAGAAGGAGGCCAUGGUGAUGAAGUAUGUUCGCGGGGAGAAGGAGGCUCUGGACCUGCGCAGGGACAAGGAGGGACUGGAAAGGAGGCUGAGGGAGGCCACCAAGGAGGUGGACCGCCAGGCCCUCAGGGGAAACAGUUUGGCCCAGGAGAAAGGCCGGCUGCAGCAGCUCCAUGACGCCAAGGAGGGAGAGGUGAGCAGGCUGAAUCGGGAGUUGGAGAACGUCAAGGAGGGGAUCAACUCACACCUCAUCAAGGUCAAAUGGGCCCAGAACAAGCUGAGUAGUGAGACCGAGGCCCAUAAGGAGACUAAAGUUAAACUACGAGAGACCACGGCCAAACUCACCCAGGCCAAGGAGGAGACGGAGCAGAUCCGCAAGAACUGCCAGGACAUGAUCCGCACAUAUCAGGAGUCAGAGGAGAUCAAGUCGAACGAAUUGGACGCCAAGCUGCGCGAGACCAAAGGCGAACUGGAGAAACACAAACAGGAACAGACAGACCAGCUAGAGAUGCACCGUUCCAAGGCCAAGGAGCUAGAAGACCUAAAGAGGACAUUCAAUGAGGGAAUGGAUGAACUGACCACUCUGCGGGCAAAGGUGAAGUGUCUGGAGGAUGAGAGGCCUCGCUGGGAGGAUGAGCUCUCCAAGUACAGAGAGAUCAUCAACAGGCAGAAGGCUGAGAUCGCGAGGCAGAGAGACAAGCUGGGAGAGAUACACGCACUGGAGGAACAGCACCAACGGGAUGAGCAUGAGAUGGGCAGUCUACGCGAGGAGGUGGAGAGCGUGAACGUCCAGAUCUGCGACCUCCAGCUGGAUGUGCAAGGCAGCCGGGAGCGGGAGGCUGAGCUCCUAGGCUUCACGGAGAAGCUAAGCAGCAAGAACGCCCUGCUGCAGUCGGAGAGCAAUGGCCUACAGGCCCAGUUGGACCGACUGGGCACCAACUCCAUGGAGUUGCAGGGCCGCCUGGACGAGACGCAGACAGCACUGGCCGACCAGACCGAGCGUCUCCGGAAGGAGGAGGCCCUGCGGCAGGAUGAGGUCCAGGCUCUGCAGGCGGAGAGGGCCACGCUGCAGAUGGAGACGGCCCAGCUGAAGACCCGUGUGGAGGAGCAGAGGGACGAGUUGCAUACCCAGAAGAGGAAACAGGCGGCCAACAUCAAGGACCUGACCAAGCAGCUAAUUCUAGCCCGUAAGAGGCUGGAGCAGGUGGAGAAUGGUGGCUGUGACCGGGAUGUCAGCAGCAUGGGAAGUCGCUCCAGCUCCUCAGGCUCCCUGAAUGCGCGGCACGGCGGCAGCAGCAUGGAGGAGCGCUCACUGGAGAGCCAGUCGGGCCCGACGGUGGUGGACAGCUACCCCGAGGUGGACAAGGCCGUGCUUGUGGAGCGUAUUGUGCGUCUGCAGAAGUCCCACGCCCGCAAGCAGGAGAAGAUCGAGUUCAUGGAGGACCACAUCAAGCAGCUGGUGGAGGAGAUCCGCAAGAAGACAAAGAUCAUCCAGAGCUAUGUGCUGAGAGAGGAGUCGGGCGCCCUCUCUUCAGAGGCCUCAGACUUUAACAAAGCCCAAUUUGGCAGGCGGGGGGGCAUUAUGGCCUCCCUAUACACCUCCCACCCGGCUGACAGCGGCCUGACCCUUGACCUCUCGCUGGAGAUCAACAGGAAGCUGCAGGCCGUGCUGGAGGACACGCUGCUCAAGAACAUCACACUCAAGGAAAAUCUUCAGACGUUAGGGGCGGAGAUUGAGCGACUUAUCAAACAGCAACGAUAGCUGGAGGACAUUGCUCAGAGGAAGUUUCGCAUGCUAGACGACAGUAUCUGAAGGAAAUUAUAGAGGACCAAGUGAAGAGGGAAUGUUGAAGACCCCACCAACUAACUAUCUUGUGCCACAUCAAGAAUUUAACUGAGACACACACAUGCGAACACACACACGCACACACAUGCACACACGCAGUGUAAAGGAGAAAUUUGAAUGUUGAACACCAGUCACCUGUUCUUUUUGAUAACCCCCAUGUUCUCAACUCUUCUCUCCAAUGGGAUACUCAGAUCCUCUGACCAAUGGAUUGCCCUACUAUUCCCCCCCCGCCCGCAUAAUCUAAUACUCUUUCCAGGGAUGCCAAGGAUAGCUUUAUUUAUGAAUGAAUUGAAAGGAUUAUGUUGGUUAGCAUUUUCUGAAGCCAGUUGCUAAUGCAGGUCUGUGUGCAUGCCAAUCCUUAUUACUCUCCCAAAAAAGUGUUUGUGCCAAUUUGCUGAAUAUAUUUUUGAAUUGCCGCUGUGACCCCUAACGCAUACAAUAGUACUCUCACUGUGAACCAGUAACUAAAGACUACUAAUGCACUCAACCCACAACCCUUCAGACAUUUGUCCACCAGGCUCCACUUUCCUUUCUCACCGUAGCCCAACAAAGCACUUAAGGCAAAAAUGAUACUUGAGAUGAUCAUUCAUAACUUGUAUUUGUAUGAAUAUCUCCCAUUGACAUCAAAUGUUCGAUUUAUGACAAAGUAUCUGGAGUCACGAUUCGCUAGUUGGCCUACAUUCUGCAAACACCAAUAUCAAAGAAGAACUCCUGGCUUGACCCCAAAUGUCCUACUAUGAAGUUGUAUAAAUAAUAAUGAGUUCAGCUGGAUAAUCUAGGGCUGGUCUUUAGUUGUUAAUUUAAUGUGAUUUAUUUAUUUCUGUCGGUUUUGAUUGGCAUUUAAUGUUUUCUUUACUUUUCUUAAGUUUAAAAUCAAGUCCAUUGCUCUCUCCUUUUUGUUCUUCAUUUUGUCCAUUCACUGAAGGAAAUCUUUUAUUAUAUUAUUUUAUAUUCAAUUGUUUGUUUCCAUCCUUUCUCACACACUCCCUUGUUUUUACUGUCAUUAAUUUGUAGGACAAAGCAUUGUAGCCCCCGCCCCCCCAUUUGCUUCUUCACCAGUAUGUUCUUCAGCUGUCAUAGUGAGGGUCACCUGGCCGAGCUAGAGGUGUAUGGUCCCAGGGAUGGUUGUAAACAACACUUACAUUUUAAAGGUAGCCCGACCACUCGCAGAGGAGCUGACAUGCACCUGCAACACACUGUCUUCUGGCAAGGACAUGAUAAAGAGUGACUUUUCCUCAGCCACGGCUGCCUAUGCUACAACCAACACACCACACACACACAGAAGUAAUGGAGAAUUCUGAUGUAGACUAGCUCCUAAGCUGCAGUCUUUGGUUGUAGUUAUUUUCCCCCAUUUGUUUUUUUGUCACCUAUGUGUAACUAUUUCGACUAUAGUGUAAAGGAGGCCCCUCUUGACUCCUCUGGGAUUUUAGUGUUUCUCCCACCAUUGUUUAGGUGGGAUGCCUUCUCCCCCAAACAAGUCUACUUGGCCCCCCGCUAUUGAACAAUCACAGGAUCGAUUUGUGUAAUGUGAUGUUUACGGCUUGCUGGUUUGAGGGCUUCCCGCCUAGGGGAUAAAAAUCUAGGGGAAACACUACUGUUCUUUUUGCACCCUUUCAACUUGGCAAACCUAAAACACAGGAUUCCCAGCCUGGCUCUCUACUCCGCAACAGUGCGUAGAGAACAUGCAGCGUGGGCAAAUUAGUCAAUCGAUUUUUCAGGAGCAGCUUGAGAGAAUAUUCAAGAAGGAAUUCAUCUGAAUAAAUACAUUAACAUAAUGAAAUGGCUGGCGGACAUCUCGUUAUUAUGCACUGAGUUACCCAAAUACCCCAGAAGCAGAGCUAUAUACACUAUGGGUACACUACAGUUUAUCAUUGAUCAGCAAACUGUUGAUAUGGCUUAAAGAUUAACGUUGUAGAGUAUCUUCAACCAAUGAAGACUUUCACCAAUCAAUGAUUUUUGUAACUUAUGUUACAAAGGCAACAAUUAUUGUUCAUUUGACACGAAAUAAUUUGCCUGAAUCGUUUCAUUACUGUUUAAUUUGAUUGUCAAAUGAACAACAUACUAUAUAUCUUGGUAAGACAAAUGUAGUGACUGUGGAUAAUGUGGUACUCUUAUGGUUAAAGAAAUGUGUCCUCCAUGACAACAAAACCAUUGGAAGCAUAACUCUAGUACCCGUUUCACACUACUAAGCCAUGCACUGGCCUGGUUCCGCAUCCACCAUAGUUGCUGGAACCUUAACUUUAAAAGUACCAUUUGAAUUGUGAAAAGGGUCAAGCACUCCCAUGUGUGGUCCAACCUAGGCCUACAUUCUCACAACAUGAAAACAUUGGAGCAAUGUUAAAUGAAUAUGUUAUUUGCCUGGGAGACCAGUCCACAAAGAGAGAGAGUGGCAAAUUUGUCUCCCGUAACAGUGAAAUUAGCAAUAUGGACAGAUGUUGUGAGUGUAAAAUUAUGACUGACUAUAGCGAGAUGUUGGUAUUUUCUGUUGAUUGUCUUGGUGUUGUUCAAUGUGCUCUGUUUGAUUGAAUAUUCAAACUGUGAUUAUUAUACAUUUGUAGAUAUGAUCUUCUGUAAAAUGGUCAAAUGUUUUUAAUAUUCCAGAUCCAAUAUGUAUAUAUGGUGUUUACAGGGAAUAAAAGAGAUGAAUCUCUGUUUCUCUUCA